GAUUAGUAAAAAAAAUUUUCAGUGUAUGGAAUUAUCAUUUGUCAAAUCUUUUGGAAAAAUUUACCAAUAUGGUUUGAUUAUUAAUAUUAAUUAAAAAUGGGUGAUGGUGAAUUUAAACCUGGCGUUGCAGCCAUCAUUAUAAUUGCCAUUGGAAUAUUGAUUCUAAUAUUGUUGUUCAUAUUUGCUAAACGACAAAUUAUGCGUUUAGCACAGAAAUUUCCAACUGAUGGUCCACAUGCUCCUAUUGGUUAUGCAGCACCAAAAGAACUUUGCCAUAAAAUUGAACGUCGCCUGAAUGAUAUUCGUUCGAUUCGUCAUGAACCAAUUUUAUUAAAUUCGGAUAAUCCAUACUGUUCGGAAGAAAACGCAACAAAAUAUAAACAUAUUUAUCGAAUGAAAACGGUUGAUAAUUUAAAAGAUUUAGAAAAAUUUAUCAUUGAUUCAUACGGAUCGGAUGAAACAAAACGUCGCCAUCCCGAUCAAGAUCUACGUCAAUAUCUUCUUAAUCUUCAACGUGAAAAUGGACCAAUGAGUCACUGUGAUCCUAUUACAAUCAAUGAAUUAGUCGAUAUUUAUCUACAUGCACGUUUUAAUCCUGAACCAGAUUUUGGUCCAGAACAUUAUCAUCGUUAUCAUGUCUUAAUGGAACGGAUAAAGGAACAAAUUAUUCCAAAAAUUUCUGAAACAACAUCUGAACGAACAUCACCAACAAAAGUGGUACAAAGAAAAGGUAUAGGCAAAGGUUUGACGACAAAUCUUUCAUUUAAAAAUCUUACUAAUCUUUCAUCAUCAUCAUCAUUAUCAACAACAAUGAUGGCUAAAGAUAAUAAUAUUGGUGCUGGUAAUAUCAAUAAAAAAACAGAUGAAACAUGUGUUUAAUU